GCGCCUGGUAACCAUGUGAUGCCACUUUAAGAUGUUGCUCUCAGUGGCCGCUGUGUGCAGCCAUGGAGGAGACUUGAUUUGCGCUGAAGACUUGGCUCGGAGAGAAGUAAAAGCCUCCCGAGGAAGCGGAGAUAUUUACCACACCCUUCGUUGGAGGGGGGGGAAGAACCGCAGCGAAUCUUGCUCUUCACUUUUUCGAGUGGUUUCCUUUCGCCAUGGAACUUGUUGUGGAAUGCGCAGUGACCCCUCCGUGAUUGCGCUACUACAGCUCCGCUAUUAUUAGCGACUGUCCGAGGAGAGCUUCCAGUUUUGCUUUCCUGGACAUUGAGCGUAUUGUCUUUUUUUUAAUUGCGUUUUCGUUCUGCGUCUUGCGAUUACUGUCCAUGAAUCUCGAUAGCCUUAAACAUUCCACACUUCUUUCGACUUUGUUUAAAAUGGCAGAUGAUAAUGAACUUCUCGGAGCUUCAGAGUUUAUUAAAGAUCGAUUGUAUUUCGCCACCCUGAGAAACAAGCCAAAAAGCACCGUGAACACGCACUACUUCUGCACGGAUGACGAGUUCGUCUAUGAAAACUUUUAUGCGGACUUCGGCCCUCUCAACCUGGCUAUGUUGUACAGAUACUGCUGUAAACUGAACAAAAAACUAAAGAUGUGUAGUUCUGUGGUGUAUACUUGUUUGAGAAUAUUAAAGUCUUUUACACUGUCAAGGAAAAGGAUUGUCCAUUAUACCAGCUUCGACCAACGGAAAAGGGCAGAUGCAGCUGUUUUAAUCGGUGCCUACGCGGUUAUCUACCUAAAGAAAACUCCAGAAGAGGCAUACAGAGCCCUUGUCUCUGGGUCCAAUCCAUCAUACCUACCAUUUAGGGAUGCUUCAUUUGGAAAUUGCACAUACAACCUGACAAUUCUCGAUUGUUUACAAGGCAUCAGAAAGGCCCUGCAACAUGGCUUCUUUGACUUUGAGUCUUUCGACGUGGAUGAGUACGAACACUACGAACGAGUAGAAAAUGGAGAUUUUAACUGGAUUGUUCCAGGAAAGUUCUUGGCUUUCAGUGGACCGCAUCCUAAAAGUAAAAUUGAGAAUGGAUACCCUCUUCACGCCCCAGAAGCCUACUUCCCCUACUUCCGCAAGCACAAUGUCAGCACCAUCAUUCGCCUCAACAAGAAGAUCUAUGAUGCCAAGCGCUUCACGGACGCUGGCUUCGACCACUAUGACCUGUUCUUUGUGGACGGGAGCACACCAGGCGAUGCCAUUGUGCGCCGGUUCCUGCACAUCUGCGAGAGCACAGAGGGCGCCAUCGCUGUGCACUGUAAAGCUGGCCUGGGCAGGACUGGGACCUUGAUUGGCUGUUACCUGAUGAAGCACUACAGGUUCACUGCCUCUGAAGCCAUUGCCUGGAUCAGGAUCUGCCGGCCCGGCUCCAUCAUCGGGCCCCAGCAGCACUUCCUAGAAGAGAAACAGGCCAGCCUAUGGGUGCAGGGUGACAUCCACCAGACCAAACACAAGCAGAGACAUUUGAGUGACAUGGGAGUGUCCCACAUCAUCUCCAGCAUGGAUGACCUGUCCAUCAGCAGCAGCAUUUACAAAUCGCAUGGGGGGGACCAUGUGCCGGAGAAUGAAUUUGGGGACGAUGGAAUUUCUCUUACUCAGGGAGACAAACUUCGUGCCUUAAAAAGCAGAAGACAGCCGCGUUCGGCCACCACUGGAGCUUUGAGACUAGAAGACUUGAAAAUGCACACAAGAUCCCCAUCUCAGCCUUUCAGGAUUACCCCCACAGUGAGUGGCCAGGGAUCCAUGUCUCCUCUCAAGUCUUCCAAAGUCCCCCCCUCCAGCUCAGCCACGGCCAGGAGAAUUGGCAGAAGCUCCACCUCUUCCGCUUCCAACCUGAAGAGCUUCUCCGUAAACUCCAGGCUAGCCAGUUCCCUAGGUAACCUGUAUGCGGCUGUCGAUGACACAGAGAGCAAAGGGAAGCUGCCCUCCUACUCUUCUCCGUCCCCUGCGAGGACAGGCUUCGGCCUCAGCCCUUCCUCCCGUUACUUAAAUGGCAGCACCCAACUUGAUGCUAGAAAUUAUCAUGAGCUUAACAACAAUCAGUAUAACCGUACCACCACAACCAACAGCAGCAGUACCAACAAAAGUGCCUUCCACCACAAUGGCCUCACCAGUUACCCCACCCGACUGGCAGAUGAUUACGGCAGCUACAGACCUUCCUACAGUGGCCUCAGCUCUUCAACAGCACGGUACUUGAGCCGGUCCAUUCCUUCCCUUCAGUCUGAAUAUGUUCAAUACUAAAACAGCUGUACUGCAGUGAUCCUGACAGUGCCGUCGGACAGGGACUCAUCGGAGACCCUGCAAGCCUGGACAGCUCCCCUCCUCCUUCUGCCUCCAUGCGUGGAACACUGCUGUAGAGAAUAAAAGCAGUGCAAGCCAAUAUGUGGGUGGACUUGUCUGUGGGAGCACAGCAAGCCCAGGUGCAGGCUCCAGUCCCUGCCCCUGCCCGCCUUGGCACUCUGGGCUUGCUGCUGUAUCUCCGUUUACUUCAUCAGUGCAUCUUUACAGUACCACCCCGGGCUCACUUCACCAAGCCUGGGGUAUGAAUGUUUUUAUAUGAAGAGAGGAUAUUUUUUAAAUGGUUUUAUAUCAUUUACAUACAUAUAUAAACAGAGGUUUUUAGUUUUUUUCCAUGAGUGUGCUUCAUGGAGCCACUUGUGUUUCUUUUUAGGAAGAAUAAUGCAUCCUCAAACUAUUUUUGAACAUGAAGUAUUUUCAAGCACACACUGAAGAGACUGUGCAUUUAAAUGUUAUGUUAAUGUUUAAUGUGCUUCUUCUGGGAGGGAACGCAUUUUGCUAUGUGACCAGUAAUCCUUUGAAGCCGAUGUUACUGAGGGUGUUGUCAUUUUUUGGAAGGAGAGUUUCAGACCUGAUGUGUUAAGUUAGGAAUUUGCAACACAUUGUGGCGGUGGACUUCCUUGCGUGUCUCUUAUUAUUUUAGGAAUCUCUUACACCAUCAUCUGAUUUUAUACACAGACAUUACUGAACCAGUUAAUUUCUGCUUAUUAACCAAUUAUAUCCAGUGAAAAUUCCUCACUUUUCGUAUUUCUCACGCAGACAGGCACUAUGUGGCUUAACACUGAUGCCACAUCAUGUGAAAAAAUACCAUUUUAGCCAUGAGGCUGACACAGUUCAAUUCCAGCUUUCUCUUUUAAAAUGUAUAAUUUAACAUGGUAGUGGCUCUGCUCAUGUCCAAAGUCCUUAACAAUGAUCCACAGUCCACAUGCACAAAACCUGCUGGUCCGUCCAGGACAUCUGAUCUAGUCACCUCUCUAUGCACCUUCCCUUAAUUUUAUUGGCUUGAUUGCUGUUGUAUGUGUAGCAACAGUAUAAUACAUUAUUCUACGGUUUUUAUUUGUGUUUUAAUUUACUGAUUAUGUCUAUGUGCGUUAACAUCAGUUUUACUUUUAACUUUUGGUGAUUAUGAAAGUUAAGGGAGGCAUUAUUAUGUGUUCAGGCAGAAGCAAGAGGUGUGGUUAAAUGAAUUUGGGGAUUUUUUUUUUAGCUGACAAAUAAUGGGGAAGAAAUAACUGUUCUCACCUCCCUAGUGAAGACUCGUCAUUUAUCAACAAAUUCUUUAAUUUUGAACUUUUUAACUAGACUGACAAUGGUAAAAGUGUUAAUGUUUGACUAGAAUUGUUUUACUUUCUUUUGAUCAUUUCUAAUGAUUUAAAUCUAAAGACAGAAUCUUUUCUGUGUCCAGCUGCUGAUCAGAAUCAUUGUUUGACAUGUAUUGUACUUGUAGAACUGUACAUUCCUAUUAUUGGAAUGGAUUUCUAUGUAUAUAAAGCUAUGGGAGUAUCUUACCGAAAAGGUAACUCUACCUCUUGAACCAUACAGAGAAUAGCUGUAAAAUACUUAUUUUUGCUGAGGUGUGUAUAAAAAAUAUAACUUCAUUACUGUA